CGGCCGUUGAUGGACCAGCCCUGUGAAGAGGUGGGGCUAGAAUGGGACAGAGCACAUCGGAACAAGAGGCUGACCCCACAGAGGCCGCAUCUCCAGACAGACAGCAGCGGACAUCCGAUCACUCGGGGGGCCGGUAACUGCCGUCGGAGUCCUUAGCCCCUCCCCCUCACGCUGGGAUUGACGAGCGACGAUGGCGACGUCCGGACCCUGGCGUUCCGCAGCGCAGUUUAACAUGGAAGGGCUGGUCAAUAUCAAGUCUAUAGUGGAGGACCAGCUGCAGACCAGCAUGAUGGUGGGGAUCGUAAUCGGCGCGGGAAUCGCCAUCGUCCUCAUCGCCAUCCUCAUCUUCUUCGUCCUGCGGAGGAUCAAGCUGCGAAACCUGGAGGCACAGGAAACCCCCAAAUACCGCUUCCGCAAAAGGGACAAGGUCCUGUUCUACGGGCGCAAGAUCAUGAGGAAGGUGAGCGAGCGGGUGUCCCAGUCUACCUCCUCCCUGGUGGGCAGCACCUCCUCUUCACGGCCACGCCUGAAGAAGAAGCAGAAGAUGCUCAACAUUGCCAAAAAGAUCCUGCGCUUUAAGAAGGAGGUCCCCACGCUGCAGAUGAAGGAGCCCCCUCCCUCUGUGCUGGAGGCGGACCUCACCGAGUUCGACGUGGCCAAUUCCCACCUCCCCUCCGAAGUGCUCUACAUGCUCAAGAACGUGCGGGUCCUGGGACACUUUGAGAAGCCGCUGUUCCUGGAGCUGUGUAAGCACAUGGUGUUCCUGCAGUUCCAGCAGGGGGAGUACGUCUUCCGCCCCGGCCAGCCCGACAGCAGCAUCUACGUAGUGCAGGACGGCAAGCUGGAGCUGUGCCUCACCGGCCAGGACGGUAAAGACGGAGUGGUUAAGGAGGUGUACCCAGGAGACAGUGUCCACAGCCUGCUUAGCAUCCUGGAUGUCAUCACUGGCCACCAGAGGCCAUAUCGGACAGUGUCGGCGCGGGCAGCCGAGGUGUCCACUGUGCUGCGACUUCCUGUGGAGGCCUUCCUGUCCAUCUUUGAGAAGUAUCCAGAAAGUCUGGUGCGAGUAGUGCAGAUCAUCAUGGUUCGGCUCCAGAGGGUAACAGUGCUGGCCCUGCACAACUACCUGGGGCUGACCAACGAGCUCUUCAGCCAUGAGAUGCAGCCGCUCCGCCUGCUGCCCCUGUCCCCCCACCCGUCCCGCACCAGCCCCGUCCGGCACAAACGUUUCGGCAGCAUGACUGUGUCCGAGGAGCACCGCGAAAACGCAGUCAAGACCGAGGCCCAAGGAGGGGAUCAUGGGAAGGAAGGAACCACAGUGCCAACUCUCAGUCGGGCCAUCUCCAUGCCUGUGGACAUCGCCGGCAUCCAGAAGAGUCUGCGGUCGGACUUCGACAUGGCGUACGAGCGAGGGCGCAUCUCCGUGUCCGCAGAGGACGGCGCCCCGACCCCGCCCACCUUCACACGGUCCGUGUCCCAGGACCCGAGGGAGAGGAAGUCUGUGACCGUGGACGAGGUCCCGUCGGGGGUGUACCUGUACGCCGAGGAGGAGGCGGGUCUGGAGACCUUCUACGGGCCGCUGCACGGGCGUGCCGGCACCUCCCUGUUUGAGGAGGCUCAGAAGGAGAUCCUCAAACUCAUGCGAAUCGAGGACCCCACCUUGCUGAACGGGAGGGUGACUCUGCACCAUGCCAAAGCUGGGGCGGUCCUGGCGCGACAGGGGGACCAGGACGUCAGUCUGCACUUCGUCCUGUCCGGCUGCCUGCACGUGUACCAGCGGAUGAUUGACAAGCAGGAGGCGGUGUGCCUGUUCGUGACGCAGCCGGGGGAGAUGGUGGGUCAGCUGGCCGUGCUGACGGGCGAACCCCUCAUCUUCACCAUCAAGGCCGUGAAGGACUGCACCUUCCUCAAGAUCUCCAAGUCCGACUUCUACGAGAUCAUGCGAGAGCAGCCCAGCGUGGUGCUGAGCGCCGCCCACACCGUGGCCGUCCGCAUGUCGGCCUUCGUGCGCCAGAUGGACUUCGCCAUCGACUGGAUGGCCGUGGAGGCCGGCCGUGCCUUAUACAGGCAGGACGACCAAUCGGACUGCACCUACAUCGUCCUCAACGGCCGCCUGCGCUCCGUCAUCCGCAAGGCCAACGGGAAGAAGGAGCUGGUGGGGGAGUACGGGCGGGGCGACCUCAUCGGAGUGGAGGUGGAGGCUCUGACCAGGCAGCCGCGUGCCACCACGGUCCACGCAGUCAGAGACACAGAGCUGGUCAAACUGCCCGAGGGAACACUCAACAACAUCAAACGCAGAUAUCCUCAGGUGGUGACCCGGUUAAUCCACCUUCUGGGACAGAAGAUUUUGGGGAACCUGCAGCAAGCCCACGGGCCCUUCUCAGGCUCUGGCCUGGGCCUUGGCAACGUGUCGUCCAGCCCCGACGUCACCAACCCGGCCAGUAACCUCUCCACGGUGGCCGUUCUGCCUGUGUGCGACGAGGUGCCAAUCAACGCCUUCAACCUGGAGCUAAGCCACGCCCUCAGUGCCAUAGGCCCCACCCUUCUGCUAACCAGUGACAUCAUUCGAGAGAGACUGGGGGCUUCUGCUCUCGACAGUAUCCACGAGUACCGCCUGUCCGGCUGGCUGGCCCAGCAGGAGGACAUAAACCGGAUCGUUCUGUACCAGACGGACAGCACCAUGACGCCCUGGACGCAGCGCUGCAUCCGGCAGGCCGACUGCAUCCUCAUCGUGGGCCUGGGGGACCAGGAGCCCAGCCUGGGGCAGCUGGAGCAGAUGCUGGAGAACACAGCGGUUCGGGCUCUGAAGCAGCUGGUCCUGCUGCACCGUGAGGACGGUCCGGGCCCCUCCAGAACCGUGGAGUGGCUCAACAUGCGCAGCUGGUGCUCCGGACACCUGCACCUCAGGUGCCCCCGCAGGGUGUUCUCCCGACGCGGGCCCUCCAAGCUGAGGGAGGUGUAUGAGAAGGUGUUUGAGAAGACUGCAGACAGACACAGUGACUUCUCUCGGCUGGCCCGAGUUCUGACGGGGAACAGCAUCGCCCUGGUCCUGGGGGGAGGGGGUGCCAGGGGCUGCUCCCACGUGGGCGUGAUCAAAGCCAUGGAGGAGGCGGGGAUCCCCAUCGACAUCGUGGGUGGGACCUCCAUCGGCUCCUUCAUUGGGGCGCUGUACGCAGAGGAGCGGAGCGCCGUGCGCACCAAGCAGAGGGCCCGCGAGUGGGCCAAGGCCAUGAACUCUGUGUUUAAGACGGUGCUGGACCUGACCUACCCCAUCACCUCCAUGUUCUCCGGCUCCGCCUUCAACACCAGCAUCUACAAGGUGUUCCAGGACAAACAGGUGGAGGACCUGUGGCUGCCGUACUUCAACGUGACCACCGACAUCACCGCCUCCGCCAUGCGCGUGCACAAGGACGGCUCUCUGUGGCGCUAUGUGAGGGCUAGCAUGACCCUUUCGGGGUACCUGCCGCCCCUCUGCGACCCCAAAGAUGGCAACUUGCUCAUGGACGGUGGCUACAUCAACAACCUCCCAGCGGACAUCGCCCGAAACAUGGGCGCCAAGACGGUCAUCGCCAUCGACGUGGGCAGCCAGGACGAGACCGACCUCUGCAACUACGGAGACAGCCUGUCCGGCUGGUGGUUGCUGUGGAAACGGAUAAACCCCUGGGCAGAGAAAGUCAAGGUUCCAGACAUGGCCGAGAUCCAGUCCCGCCUGGCCUACGUGUCGUGUGUUCGGCAGCUGGAGGUGGUGAAGAAGAGUGCCUACUGUGAGUACAUCCGCCCGCCCAUAGACCGCUUCAAGACCAUGGACUUCGGCAAGUUUGACGAGAUCUACGACGUGGGCUACGACCACGGCAAGGUUCUGUUCACUGGAUGGGCUCGAGGUGACAUCAUCGACAACAUGCUGAAAGAUCACCGCUCUGCUGACUACAAUGACAGCAAGAAGACGGACUCCUACACGUGCCCUGGAGCAGACUUCACGGACCUGGCCGAGAUCGUGUCCCGUAUCGAACCGGUCCAUAGCUACGUUUCAGCUGAGGAGGAGUCUGACUGCCUGACGGAGUACGAGGAGGACGGGAUGGACACAGUGAGGGAGGAAGAGGGGGAGGAGGAAGAGGAGGAGGCAGAUGACCCAGAGGACCACUCCCCUGGAGAGUGGGGGCCCAAUGGGGUCUUCCAGACGGACGAGGAGAAGUGCGUCCGCCAGCGGAAGACAAACCCCAGCGACUCCAACACCUGCUCGGAGGUCUCCGACUGCUGACGGCGCGGUGUGGAGAGAUGCAGAGAGAAAAAAGGGGAAGGAUGGAGAGGACGUGAAGUGCGAUGGCGUUCGAUCUCCUCGGAGUCGGGCAGGAAGUGGACCGUGUGGGCGGGAGGCCGGGCCAAAGAGGAACGGAUGCCCAAAUCCGACGCCGGUGACCUCAGCUCCUCCGGGCUGCGGGCCGUCGAAAGCUUCCUCCCCGCUGAACCCUGCGGCCGGGGCGGCUCUGGUUCUCUGUGUACCUCGAGCGUCAGCCGCAAAGGGUGUCCAUCGCGUGCCCUGCCCCCACCCUCACAAACACCCCCGCCCCCCCCCAUUGGACUGAAAAACACUGUUUGGUGGGGGUCUGCCUUUUCCCUCUGCCUACGUCCAGUGAAAACUGAAGGGAAGUUGACUGGAGAGGACCGAUGACCAGUGUGCUGAUGGUGAGCACAGCCCCGUGGAGCCCCACUCUGGAGUCUCACUCAGCUGUGGAGCUGAGCAGGGAGGCAAAGAGAGGCAUCUGAGGUCACUGAGGUCAUCCAUAGCAACCAUCCAUCUG